UACAAAAAUUGUUCAUAUCGAGUAUUGCCGCAGAGUCACAGAUCAGAGGAAGGAUUCUCCGGUAGUUGGCGAACCAUUUUUCUGUCGUCAAACGGAUCAAGCUUUUUGUGAAAUUUGGAUCGAUCACAAAAAGCGGGAUUCGCUUUUCGUAUAGGAAUUGGCCUGUUGAAAGGAGUCCAGCUUAGUCGCAUAGAACCUUUAAAAAUUACUUGUAAGAUGGAAGAAAUGCGUCAAUCACAACAGGUUGGGCCUACUAUGCUAUCUAAUGUAGGCAACGUUCAGAACCAUUCAAAUAAUAACCAUCGCCGCAGUAGAACAAGAGUAACAUUACAUGCUAUGAUGUCAGAAACAUUAUCAUUACCUGAAGCAGCUCGUUUAGAAAUGGAAUCAUUACCUAAUAAAACGCCUGUCUCAGUUCUUCAAGAACUAUUAUCUCGUAGGGGUACAAUACCUAAAUAUGAAUUAGUUCAAGUGGAAGGUGUUAUACAUGAACCUACAUUUCGUUAUCGUGUUACUGUGGCUGAUGUCGUCGGUUUGUACCAAAAUAACAUAUACAUAAUUUUGAUUAAUGAUCCAAUUGUUUCAGCAAUGGGGACUGGUAGAUCUAAAAAAGAAGCCAAACAUGCUGCAGCUAAAGCUGUUUUAGAUAAAUUAAUUGGAGCGAAUAUUGAGUCUGCCGAAUCUCCUAUUCCAAAAAGUUUAGAUUCUCCAAACAUACCAGAACUUGAAGGAUAUGGAGAAGAAAAAGGUUUAACCAAUCCAAUUGGAGUUUUGCAAGAAAUGUGCAUGUCUCGUCAUUGGCCACCACCAAAAUAUACAAUGGAAGGUGAAGAGGGAUUACCACAUGAGAGAAAAUUUACUAUUGUUUGUUCUAUUUUGAGUUUUCGUGAAGUCGGCUUUGGUAAAAGUAAAAAAAUUGCAAAGAGACAUGCAGCUCAUAAAAUGUGGCUUACUCUUCAUGAUUCAAACAAUCAAGCUUCGAUUAUGGAUGGAGAUGAGAUUGUGCAAAAGUCUGCAAAUGUAAAUGCCCGUUAUGCCGACCUGAAAGGUAGCAAAAUUUCAACAUUAACAACGCCUCAUAGUCAUAAAGUUUCACUAUUUCACAAGAACCUCAAGUCUUCCACAGGUGUAAAACUUUUUGAAUUGCAGAAUACUUGUCUGAAUGAUGGAGAUGUAAAUUUGGUACAAUUCUUGCAAGAGAUUGCUUCAGAACAACAAUUUGAAGUAACGUAUGUUGACAUUGAAGAAAAGUCUAUUAGUGGUAAAUGCCAGUGCCUUGUGCAACUGUCCACAUUGCCAGUGGCAGUUUGCUAUGGUUGCGGUGUAACCAGUAAAGAUGCUCAAGCCAGUGCUGCUCAAAACGCUCUUGAAUAUCUCAAGAUCAUGACCAAGAAGUGA